CCCAAUCUCAAUUACACAAACGCAUUCAAUCAAUUAUCAUCCAUUCUCCAAACGUGGCGUUUCUGACGAUCUUUGUGUUGAAGGAACCCGAUUACUGUUUCGCGCAAAAGCCUUCAAUCAUUCCUUCUCCAAACGUUGUGUUACGUUCGAUCUUUGAGUUCAAGUCUCUCUGAAGUGACAAAAUAGGAGGAAGAGUAUGAUUUUCAGCCAUUAGUAAAAGAUCCGCAGAAAUAUAUCUAAAGCCUGAGGUUGCUUCUAUGAGUUUGAUGAGUAGGUAAUGAAGGGUUUUUGUGAGAAGGCUGUUGCUUCAAAAUUUUCUUGUAAAACUAAAUCUGAUUCUUCCAAUUCAGAGCCACAAUCAAGCGACACUAAGUUGUCGAAGGUAUCCUUGUGGUCAAGCGUUUUUGCCUCUGCUUUUUCAGUUUUUGAGACAAACAGUGAGUCAUCACCAUCAGCAAGUGAAAAGAAGGCCAUUGAUAAUAGUAGAAACAAUGGGUGGACAACCGCUGUGAGGAGAGUUGUGACUGGUGUCUCAAUGAGGAGAAUUCAAGAGCGUGUGUUAGGGACAAGCAAGACUGGAAUUUCUAGCUCAACUAGUGACAUAUGGCUUUUAGGUCUGUGCUACAAGAUUUCACAGGAAGAGUCUUCUAAUCAUGCCUCUAGUAGCAAUGGAUUAGCUGAAUUUGAACAAGAUUUUUCUUCAAGGAUUUUGAUGACAUAUCGAAAAGGUUUUGAGGCUAUUGGGGAUUCAAAGUUAACUAGUGAUGUGAAUUGGGGUUGCAUGCUUCGAAGUAGUCAGAUGCUUGUUGCACAGGCAUUGCUUUUACAUCGAAUGGGAAGAUCUUGGAGAAAAACAUCACAUAAGCCAAUGGACCAAGAUUAUAUUGAGAUCCUGCACCAUUUUGGUGAUUCUAAGGCAUCAGCUUUCUCAAUCCACAAUAUUCUUCAAGCUGGAAAGGCUUAUGGCCUUGCUGCUGGUUCAUGGGUGGGUCCAUAUGCCAUGUGUCGCUCAUGGGAAACACUAGCGCGCUCUAAGAGAGAGGAGACUGACCUUGAAUGCCAGUCAUUACCUAUGGCCAUUUAUAUUGUUUCUGGUGAUGAGGAUGGAGAAAGAGGUGGUGCUCCUGUUGUUUAUAUUGAAGAAGCAUCUAGACAUUGUUUGGAGUUUUCAAAAGGCCAGGUUGACUGGACACCAAUUCUUCUAUUGGUUCCCUUGGUUCUUGGAUUGGAAAAGGUCAAUCCCAGGUAUAUUCCAUCAUUGGCAGCAACUUUCACCUUUCCCCAGAGCCUUGGCAUCUUGGGCGGGAAACCUGGUGCUUCCACUUACAUUGUUGGUGUGCAAGAUGAAAAAGCAUUUUACCUCGACCCGCAUGAAGCCCAGUCGGUAGUCGAUAUUAGGAGAGAAAAUCUAGAGGCUGAUACAUCAUCAUACCACUGCAAUUGCUCCAGUAUCAUACGACACAUUUGCCUUGACUCGAUUGAUCCAUCCUUGGCGAUUGGGUUCUACUGCCGAGACAAAGAUGAUUUUGAUGAUUUUUGUAUCCGGGCUUCCAAGCUAGCAGAUGAAUCAAAUGGAGCUCCACUAUUUACUGUAGCUCACAUCCACAGUUUGCCAAAGCCAAUCAGUUGCAGUGACGGAAUGGAUGAUUGCAGUGGCUUUAGAGAGGAUGAUUCCUUUGAUGUGGUGAGCAACAAAGGUGCAGAAGGCUAUGAACACGAACACGAGGAUGACUGGCAACUUCUUUGAAAAUUAAAUUAUUGUUGGGAAGAAUGGCAACUUGGAACUUGUACAUUGAUUGGUUUGGCUUUGUUAUAGGGUUGUUGCACAUAACCUCUCAUUGGCAUAACCCGGAAUUGAAUUAGUUUACAUGCAUCUCUGUUCGUUACUCCUUUUGGAGUUUGGUUAGGUUCCAAAUCUGUAGAAAUAUGUUUAAUUAUUACAUUUACGCCUCUCAUUCUUUUGAUGUAUUUCUCAAGUAAUACAAUUUAUUAAAGAUGGAUGUGAGAUAAAGCAGACGUUCCAUUCUUGGUCCCA